AUGUUAUCAUUACGCUUACAUAUCCGUCGCUAUUAUCUUUUCGUUUUUGCGUCCUGUCUGACAAUUUCUGUAGUAUGGCAUCUGCAGUUUGGAAAUAAUGGAAUCGACAAAUCGACAUCAGACAACAAUCUGCUUGUUUACUCUGCUUUGAAUCAACUAGGAAAUAAUUCAAAACUAGCUAUCCAUCCACUGCUCUUUUCACAUGGUCGCAUUAUUAUUGAUUUCCCAGAGCAACUUGAGCUUGGAGGUGCAUCUGCCAUGAACUAUCUUCAUUGUACACUCGUUGCUGCAGGUUUCAACUCGCUCAUGCAUAUUCCUAACCCCAGAUCAAUUUGGAAAAAUUGUUCUCGAUCAAUUACAAAAGACUUUAAUUUAACAUCUCAGGAUAUCGUCAUAAUUCCAGAGCUUGCUUACAAGCCAAUAGUUGCUUCUUGGCGUUCAUUAGGAGCUCGUGUUAUUGUCUACAUGCUUGGUUUGCAUUUGCCUCUUGUUGAACAACAUCAUACCGAUAUUAUAUGGGCACCGUCAACUACUUAUACUCGCGAUCUUUAUUUGGCUACAGGGAAACAGGUUCUUUUUGCACCACUCGAACAACGUAUGUAUAAAUAUCAAAAGAUAGAUCUAGAAGUAUCCAAUGUCACAGACAAACAAACCAGCAUUUACAUCAAUUUAAAGUCAAAAGAAAAUCUUGUUUUCAUCGAUAACGAUUCAAACUUCCCUUCAAGCUUACAAACCGCCUUAGAGCAACUUCCACUUGAACCGAGGGUUACAUUCAAAGUAUUAGCACAUAUUCCACCUCAUGAAGUACCGUCAUGGUUUCGACGAGCUAAAGUUGUCGUCGAUUUAGGUGUCGUUGGUGCUGAACGCAUCAACAACGAAGGAGCUUUGUUCGAUGCCAUUGUUUUAGUAGCGAAUACAUUAAAUGGAAUGGAUCCCAACGAUUUUCCCGUCCCAAACGAAUUCAAACUAGAUUUCUAUUUGGUUACUUCAUCACUUGAAGAGGAAAGUGCUGUUAUUCCAUUUGCUCUUCAUUGUGCUGUUCAUCAUCCAUUAUCACGUAUUGAAGCACGAAUACAAAAUUUGACACAAUUCAAACGUAAUCAUGAUAUGAUAUUGAAACUGUUAAAAGAAGUCACCAAUCUAUCGCGAGAUUGGCUUUUGCUCUCACAAAGAACUCAAAAUGAUUCGCCAACGUUUAUCGAUGAAAGUAAAUUUAUUAUUACAAUUGAUCCACGCAAUAUGCUAGUUAAUGAACACUUACUCAAUACUCUUGUGCACUUACUCAGUGAUAAGCCAUCAGUUACGCUUCCUGGUUCUUGCUUUGGAUCGGCGGCUAAAGUUAUUGGUAAUGUAGCUAUCUGGCAAUCAAAUGCAUUCGGAAAGGCAGUUCCUAAAUAUGUAUCGAAAGUGGUGAAAAUUAAUUCUACUAUCCUUGAGCAACAAAUUAUUAAUGUAUAUGCAUUGCGAAAGAAUCCAGGAUCUAGGAAUGGUUAUCGUCUAGCAUCAGCACUCUAUACGACACAACAACAAAAACUGUUACAGGUAAUGUUACCUAUAGCAGUUCCACGUUUUACUGAAAUCAUGAAGAACUUCGUAAUGGUUUAUCCAAAGAGUAUGGUUAUGGAGGCGCAGUUUUAG